AUGAGUGCCAGCCAGUGGUCGGGCACGCCGCACGGGUACGCAUCCAACGUCAACCCCGCCCAGAAGGCCUUCGAGUGCGCCGUUUGCAAGCAGCAUAAGCCGGCCGGCACACCCUGCGUCGGCCACUGCAACCACAACCGAGCGCCAUUGCAGACGGGACUCCACAAUGCCGCAGGGGCUGGGUGGGCUCAAGGAGGAUCGCAGCCGGCUGCGAUCGCAACCGUGUUGCCAGCUGGAGCGGUGUCGCUCGGUGCGCUGCCGAACCCCGCAUCGCAGCAGGCCAUGUCUGCGACGGGUUUCGAUGGUGUGACUGCACCAGUGACGGCUGCACCCGCACAGUCGAGAGCGGAGCAGGAGGCAAAGUACAUGCAAACGGCGCAGUCCAUUGGCUUGCCAGAUACUGAGGCGCAACGGCUGCUAGCCAUCUCCAACUUUGACCUCGACAAGGCGACCGAGAACCUGAUGGUCGCGUAUGUAGGGGUGGAGGGAGCUGCGCCCGUUCCAAGGGCCAGACGCAACCCGGCGGCGGAUAUCAUUCAUUUCACGCCGGGCGGAAAUCUGGAGGUGUUUGAGUCACUGCUCAAUGACCCAGUGGUGCUCUCGCCGCCUCGCGCCGAGACCUUUGUGCGACGACACAUCAAGCCGGCCGACGGCAUGUGGACGCAAGAGGCGAUGGAAGCGGCGCGCACCGUCUUUGCUUGGCGGCGGUCGGGCUGA